CCCCCACCCCUCGACUCCCACAAGUGUCAAUCACAAAGUUAUUUUGAUCGGAAGUUCAAAAGAUCAGCGGAUGGGUAAUUGUUGGUUGUUGCAAACUCGAAGCUGCAGUGACUGUGCAGCAUUCAUUGAUACUCGAAGCCGUCUUUUUCGUGGUGAUAUUUGUUGCAAAAUCGGAGAUUUUCACAGCAUUCGAGAAGACAACUUUUGAAAUAAAUCGUUAUUCGAGAAUGGCGGACGACAGCAUUGCCCGCAGCUUUCAGCGUAUAAUUUUUUGGGAGGAGUUUGUAACUGAAAAGCUUAACAUGGAGUCAGCAGAUUGUCCCGAAGUGAAGGAAGAAGUUGAAGAAGAGCAGUGUUGUAUUGACAUGAGUUCUCCAUGGAUCUCGUGCGGAGCAGUGGCAGCUGGUGAACCGCUAACGGACCCUCUGUCUCUCGAAGGAGGGCAGGCAGGUGGCAGUGCGGGAGGCCAGGCAGAGAUUUCCUCAGGAGCAUUAGCUGCCGUGCAACAGUUUGCAGACAAUUUAAUUCCCCACGGACGCCAGGCAAAUAAAGAUGCAGGCAGAGAAGGAAGGAGUACCUUAAAAGUCAAAGAAACAAGAUCUGAUGGAACUCCUGAAUUGCAGGAGGCCAAUCACGAAACACACUUCACCAUGAGUUCAGUGAAGCAAGAACACGGCAGACAAACUGACCACGGCUUGUACCCUGACACUGUGACACCGAGACUUCGAAUGACUACCACUUCAGCUGAGAGUGCAAAAUCCGGAGAUGACGGGCCGCAGUGGAGAAGCCCGCACUCGCGUCCUCCGGACAUUCUCACACUGUCAGACGUUGGCAGGGCACGUGACGACGUUUCCCACGGCAGUGCAGAAGAGCGAGAGUCUCUCGGGCAUCCCGAGGUGGCACUGGGUCAGUCCUCCGUGCAGUGCGGCGACGCGCCCGGUCCGAAUGCCGAUCCGGAUGCCCAAACUGGCGACGGGCAGUACUUCUGUACCGACUGCGGCAAGUCGUUCGGGAAGCUGGUGUACCUCAAAGUCCACACGCGCAUCCACGCGGGCAGGCAAUCCUACAGCUGCGAGUCCUGUGACAGGGUGUUCACGACGUUUGCCCAGUGGCAGACCCACUCGCUCGUGCACACGGGCGAACAGCCGUACGGCUGCUCGUCCUGCGAGAAGGCGUUCCGGACGAAGGCGAAGCUCAUGUACCACGAGCGCUCGCACCACGGCGAGCGGCCGUUCCCCUGCACCGUGUGCGGGCUGUCCUUCAGGACCCAGGUCAACCUCAGGCUCCACGUGUGGACGCACACUGGAGACGGACCCGGAUCCCCCGAGAGCUCUCGUGCGGACUCUGCCUCGUUCGCGUGCUCCGUCUGUGGGACGUCGUUCAAGUCGAAGACAAAACUGACGUACCAUUUACGCACCAGCUGUCUCUUAGGCACGUACACACCUCUCCUGGAAUUGUGUCGCAACGGUGACAGUGAGUUUGUGGAUACCUGAUCGUAGAGUGAGGACAACUGCUAUUGAAAAGAAGUGACGGUGUAAGUGCUUACAUGGUCUGUGACCGUUUAGUGGUCACUAAACUACAGUUGGCAGGCUCCGUCAUGUGUGAUUGCCAAUUAAAAACAGUAUCGACAAGAGUGCUAAAGCCAUUUUAAAUGUGUGUACAGUUUUUUUUUAUGAAGAUGAACUUUAUUUUAUCACAUUAAUGGCGAGUUUAGGCCUGUGGCAUUGGUGAGUGUGUGUUAUAUUAAAAACUAUUUAUUGCUGUGUGGAUGGAGAGGUUCCCACACAUACAUAAAAAAUCUGCACAUGCUGCUGCAUGCUGUAAACUGGAAUGUGUUGUUUAGCAUGUCAUAUAACUGGAUUGGUGACAGAUUGCUUCCACAUCCUUGCUUAAAGUAUUUAACAGCACAACUUGUCCUUUCACUCAUGGCCGUGCAGUUCUAGGCGCUACAGUCUGGAACCGAGCGACCGCUGUGGUCGCAGGUUCGAAUCCUGCCUCGGGCAUG